AUGCAAUCAACUCCCAACAGGACUAGCAAAAUUCCUCGCCCUGGGACAUUGUCACCCCGAAUUAGCCAAGAAAGCAAAAGUCCUCAAGGCAGUGGAAGCUCACAAGAGCCGAAAAGUCCUCAACCACUCGAAGGCUCUGCUUCUACUUCUGCAACUUCUCGUGAUGAGUACCCAAUUGUAUCACAUUUGACACAAGGGCUCGAGGAAUGCGACUGGGAACAUCUCCAAGACAAAUAUGCCGAUGCAAUGGAGGAACAUGGCCGUGCGGAAGAGAAAUUGCGUGUUGAAACAGCCCAGCUCCUUGAGGUAUUUAUGGUCUGGUCUCAAACUACUGUUUCACAGGAUGAAACCAGAGCUUUGAAGAGGUUCAAAACUCAGAUGCAGCAUGUCCAGAAUUCCGAAGUCAACGUGGAAAUGAAAAAGAAACAUUACGCGGAUGUGGUGAAGGCUUUCCAGAAUGCUCUGGCUUUGCUCAACGACCAACUCAAGAUCUAG